AUGUUUUCAAACAUCUUCAUACUCUUGGCCAUUCUAAUUUCCAUUUCGGAAGCAAGUGAUAAAUUCACUUUCGAUUUGACAAUCACAUGUCGUCAUACUGAAAGGCCAAAAUUCUGGUAUGAAGUUGAUUUCAUUGAAAAUGAUACUGCAUCGUGAGUCUCAAGACAUUCUCAAUUUUUUGAAAAAAUAAACAUGUUUUAGACCUGGUGAUCGAAUGAAGAAACCAUAUUCCGAAGAAAUCCCAACAGGAACUAAAAAAAUUCAAUUUAUCGGUUCUCAAGAUGGCGAUGAAAAUUUCUCGAAAGGAUACAGUAUUUCUGCAAUUUUUGAACAUGAUUGUACACCAGAAAGAUCUCGAACCAAAGUCAAUUUCAGAUUCACAGAUUUUUGCAAAAUCGGAAGAGAUUGUACUAUUAGAUUCGAUGCUGAUUUGACUGACAAACAAGGAUUAAUUAAUGCUAAAGCGAGAAUAUCCUAUUUUGCUUGA